CGCUUAUUCAGAAGUACUCAAAACACACAUUGGAAUUCCACAUAAAUACCAACAGAUGUGAUUAUAGGCAUUAAUCUUGGGAAACCAUUAGCCAGCCAACUCUUACUCAACUCACUCCGGCCACCAUGUUUUCUCCAAGAGAAAUGCCUUCCCCUUCCUCCAUCUUCUCCGCCUACGCCUCCAUGACCGCCUCCAUCAUGCUCGUCCGUUCCAUGGCCAACGACCUCAUCCCUCAACCAAUCCGCGGCUACCUCACCAACGCCAUCCGCCGCCUCAUCAUCAAGCCUCGCUCCCCUACUCUCACCCUCAUCAUCGAAGAAUCCUCCGGCAUCGCCCGCAACCAAGUCUACGACGCCGCAGAAGCUUACCUCUCCACCAGGGUCCGCCCUGAAAACGAACGCCUCAAAAUCAGCAAGACCCCAAAGGAGAAGAAGCUCACCAUCCGCCUAGAGAAAGAUGAGAAGGUUGAAGAUAUCUACAACGGUGCUUCUCUUAUCUGGAAAUUCAUCUGCGCAGAGACAGAGAAAAACAGCACCUUGAGCAACAACCACGACAUUCACAACAACAGUGUUUCCUUGAGAUCGGAAAAACGCUAUUUCGAGCUGAGUUUUCUCAAGGAGCAUAAGGAGAUGGUGCUGGAGUGUUACCUUCCCUUCAUUCUUGACAGAGCUAAAGAGAUGAAGGAUGAGGACCGCGUGUUGAAGAUCCAUACACUGAACGCUUCUUACUGUUACAAUGUAAUCAAGUGGGACUCCAUAAACCUUGAACACCCGUCAACUUUUGAGACUUUGGCGAUGGAGCCGGAGGCGAAGAAGGCGGUGAUGGAGGACCUGAACAGGUUUGUGAAGAGAAAGGAGUUUUACAAGAAGGUGGGGAGGGCGUGGAAGCGCGGUUACUUGCUAUAUGGGCCUCCGGGAACUGGGAAAUCGAGCUUGAUUGCAGCAAUGGCGAACUAUUUGAAGUUUGAUAUCUUUGACCUGCAGCUUGGGAAUAUAGUGAGGGAUUCGGAUCUAAGGAAGUUGCUUCUAGCUACCGCGAAUAGAUCCAUUUUGGUGAUUGAGGAUAUUGAUUGCAGCGUGGAUCUGACGGAACGUCGCAAUGGAGGAGAUGGACAAACUGAUGUACAGGCUCAUCGUGAAUCUGAUGGAUGGAUGCAGCUGACUCUGUCCGGAUUACUGAACUUCAUAGAUGGGCUCUGGUCAAGCUGCGGAGACGAGAGAAUCAUUGUCUUCACCACCAACCACAAAGAAAGACUAGACCCAGCUCUGUUGAGGCCAGGAAGAAUGGACGUGCACAUUCACAUGUCCUAUUGCUCCUACCAAGGCUUCAAGCUCUUGGCCUCAAAUUACUUGAGCAAUAUUUCCCCUGAUCACCAGAGCCUCUUUGGUGAAAUUGAAGGACUCAUAGAGGACAUUCAGAUAACCCCUGCACAGGUGGCAGAGGAGUUGAUGAAGAGUGAAGACGCUGAUGCCACACUUGAAGGAUUCGUGAAGCUGCUUAAGAGGAAGAAGAUGGAAGGUGAUGUUUGUGAGAAUUUUAGUGCUCCAGAUAAGGCAGAAGAACCAUCUAAAAGGCGCAAGGUUGCUGCAGGUUGCAAGAAAAAACGAGGGGGUGGUGGUGUUGGGAUCAACGAGAACAAUGGUACUGUUGCUGUUACCCAAAGAAGGACAAGAAGAGGGUGUAGUUUAUGAUGAUCAGCUGAUAAAUCUAAAAUGUGCUCCAACAUUUUGAUGAAUGUGAGAAGUAUGUCUGUAUGUACUAGCUAGAAUCUGUCUAAGUAUGUCUGUAUGUUAGUAUGUACUAGCUAGAGACAGUGUGAAAAAUUAGUUGUCUUUUUAAGUGACUAACGGUACCAUUCGGAUGUUAGACUGAUCUAUUUAUUUACAAUGGUUUGUUUAAAUUA